AUGAUGAUCAUUCGCAUGAUGAUGAUGAUGAUGAUGAUGAUUCGAAUGAUGAUGACUAUGAUGAUGAUGAUGAUUCUUAUGAUGAUGAUGAUGAUGAUGAUGAUGAUGUUGUUGAUGAUGAUGAUUCGGAUGAUGAUGAUGAUGAUGAUGAUGAUGAUGAUGAUUCGGAUGAUUAUGAUGAUGAUGUAUGAUGAUCAUGUUGAUGACGAUGAUCGUGAUGAUGAUGAUGAUGAUGAUGAUGAUGAUGUAGAAGAUGAUGAUGAUGAUGAUGAUGACGAUGAUUCGGAUGAUGAUGAUGAUGAUGAUGAUCAUGAUGAUGAUGAUGAUUCGGAUUAUGAUGCUGAUGAUGAUGAUUCGGAGCAUGAUGAUGUUAAAGAUGAUGAUGAUGAUGAUGAUGAUGAUGAUGAUGAUGAUGAUGAUGAUGAUGAUGGUGAUUCUUGA